AUGAAAGAAUUAUUGGCAAGAUGUCGUUUAAUAAUUCGACGAAAAAUGCAAAGAAUGUUGGAUUUGCAAACCUUGUUGACCUUGUUGAUUAGCAUACUUUUAUUAGUUUGGUUACGAUAUUGGAUACCUUGUACUGGCGAGUGUGUGGAAAUAUUUACAGAAAUUGUUCAAGAAAUAGCUACAAGUACUACUAUGGCUGACGGUGAGCAAUAUGAUAAAAAGAUAAAACAACUUUUAAUAAAUCGUAUAUUGUCGAAAAAUAGAGCGUGGAUAAAAGAAUCUUCUGCCAUAGCAUUUUAUUAUUGCGAUCAUGUUUAUAAUAUACGAUAUGUUUUAACAGGACGGCUUCGAUAUAAAGCGUAUGGUAUAAAUGUGUAUAACGUGGGUUUUGUGAAUUUGUGCGUAAACGAGACGUAUAGGAAUCUUAUGAGUAUACCCACAGGUUUUAAAAAUGAUGAUUAUUUUUUUGCUCGGAGUUCAUCUUUGUUUGAUACGUUUGAUAUGGUAUUACAAAGUAUAAUUUAUAGACAGAAUGUUGAUGUGUGGAGAGCAAUUAAAGAGAUUGUUAUGAGAACAAAAAUACUAUGUAGUUAUAUGUUGUUACAAGACAUCAUUGAAGAUAUAGCAAAGGCUAAAGCGACGAACACUUGGGUUGAUGUAUAG